AUGGACAGAAUACCUGUCUUUGAGCUGGAGCUCUCGGACACGGAAAUUGUCCGCCAGCUCCCCAGCGAACUUGCUCAGCGAAUUCGCAAUGCAUCUGGUGCUCAGUAUCUAGAUGCGCUUGCCCUGGCCGCCCUCCAGCCAGGCACCACAGAGCGGAUUUUCGCCUCACAUGAGCCUUUGCUCGUCGACCUAACAUCCAGAUGGCUGGAUCUUGACCGACCAUCUUAUUUUUUCCAAGUUAUUUCUGCAUUCUCGCGAAUCCUGCCGUUUGCGCCUUACCUGCGGUCGUUUGCUAGCAACUAUGUUACCGCACAAGCUAGUCUUCUGGCGAUAUCGAAAGAACCGAACCUGCUCAGCCUAGACGAUGCUCCCUUACGAGAUGCUCUUCUAGCUGUAUUUCGCCUACUGUCUUUUGACCUAGAAGCUUUCUCCGGCAUUCUCAUUCCGACUCACUUCCAACCGCUCUUCCAACAUUCCGAUAAAUGCGUGCGCUACUUGGCCGUUCGAAGCUUUUGCUCCUAUAUGCGUGCCGCCGACGCAGCGACCCAGAAAAUGAUAGAGAUCCACAUUGGUUCGCAACCAUGUCAUGGUCAAUGGGAAGGUACCGUCAUUGAUUACAGACUGUUGGGUUUGUGGGAAGAGCGCCGCUGGCAAACCUUGGACACCCGCUUUCGUGAGGGACGAAAUGCGCGCCCACUGGAUAUGGGAUUGGAUUUGGUGGAGAAAUUCGAAACAAAUAUUGCUCCCCGUACUGCGAACAUUGGCGGAGUCCUUGUUCCCAAAGUGCGGUGGGAUCGGCCGGUUGCUGAAUCGGCCCUCGUGAAGACUCCUACAGUUUUGACGAACUUACGGAACAUAGCCACAUCAUUGCUUGACAACAAGCCUCUCCUUCUCCUUGGUCUACCCAACGCCGGUAAAACAUCUUUGGUUAAUGAUAUCGCAAGGGUGAUGGGCCAGGGCUCUUCGAUGGUCACGCUGCAUCUCAACGAACAGACGGAUGCGAAGAGCUUGCUGGGCAUGUACGCAACAUCUUCAAUGACGGGUGCAUUUGCGUGGCAGCCUGGUGUAUUGACCAAGGCCGCAAAGGAAGGCCGUUGGGUUCUCAUUGAAGAUCUGGAUCGGGCUCCAUCAGAGGUUAUAGGUUUGAUGUUGCCGAUUAUCGAACGAGGAGAGUUGAUUAUACCCAGCCGCAAAGAGCGGAUCAAAUGUUCAGACGGAUUUAGACUCAUCGCGACCAUGAAGACCUCUCUCAACAACAAAGGUGAGGAGGUUGCUCCAAGCCACGGUCUCCUAGGCGUCAGACUCUGGCAGAGGAUCCAAGUCCAGUCAUUGCCAUUGACAGAAAUACGCCAGGUCAUCGCCAACAAAUUUCCACUACUUUCCUCCAGAGUUGGAACUUUGAUGAAUAUCUAUGACAACCUUUGCUCUGCCUUUCACAGCAACCUGGCCGUCAGAAGCUCUCAAGGCAGGACUCCGGGACUCCGGGAUCUAAUCAAGCUCUGCCGGAGAUUAAGUCGUCGCCUUGACAACAUGGGUGUGAAGACUGGUAACGAAGGGACGCCCGAAAGCUUUCAAGACGAAAUGUUUCUCGAUGCCAUGGAUGUUUUUAUCCGAUUUUUGCCGGACCGAGAUCUUGGGUAUAGACUAGCAGAUCACAUAGCUCAGUGUCUUCAACUGUCACCUCAGAGAGCUCAUUUCUGCCUUCAAGAUCGAAGUCCUCCAUACGCAGACCGCGACGCAAACUUCUCCGUGGGCAGGGAAACAUGUACUAAGAUGAAGGUAACGAAAGCUACCAAAUCGAAGUAUUUGAAAUCUUCGUCUCGCUUUGCGCCAACUCGUGCAGCUUUAAAAACCAUGGAGCAGAUUGCCGGUUCCAUCCAACUUGCCGAACCGGUUUUGCUUGUUGGAGAAACUGGCAUUGGUAAAACCGCCGUUAUCCAGCAGCUUGCAAAUUUGAUGUGCCAGAAACUCACGGUGGUCAAUCUUUCUCAGCAAAGUGAAAGCACCGAUCUUUUAGGUGGUUUCCGCCCUGUCAACCUCCGUUCCAUGGCUGUUCCCAUUCUGGAUGAAUUCAAUGAUUUGUUUGAGCAAACAUUCUCCGCGAAAAAGAACCAGAAGUUUCUCGCGUCUGUUACUAAAUCCCUCACCGCGAGAAAUUGGCCCCGUUUAGUUAAUCUUUGGCACGAAGCUGUGCGAAUGGCAGAGAGUGUUUUUCGCUCACCGAAAGAUUCCGGCCAGCCUGAAGAGCAGCCAUCAAAGAAAAGAAAACUGGACUCCCCCAAAUACGUUGCGCUCAAGGAAAAGUGGGAUAUUUUCAACGUUCAAUUAGCCGAUUUCGAGGCACAAGCUACUAGAGGUGACUCGAAAUUCGCAUUUGCUUUUGUCCAAGGCAAGAUUGUUAGGGCUUUACGGAAUGGUGAGUGGGUGCUGCUGGACGAAAUCAACUUAGCUACCCCUGAUAUUCUCGAGAAUAUCGCUAGCUUACUCCACCACGGCAACGAAGGCUUGCCUUCUGUUCUUCUUUCCGAAGCCGGUGAUGUGGAAAGAGUAUAUGGCCACCCUAACUUUCGAAUAUUCGGUGCCAUGAAUCCUGCCACUGACGCAGGAAAGCGGGAUCUUGCUCCGGGGUUGCGUUCAAGAUUUACCGAGAUCUACGUCCAUUCGCCUGAUGUUGACCUUGAUGACCUUCUUGGUCUAAUACAAACAUAUUUGGGAGAUUUAACACAAAGCGACCUACGCCUAGCUUCAGAUGUCGCCAACCUUUAUCUAGACACGAAGAGAUUGAGCCUUGAUAACAAACUGACUGAUGGUGCCGGCCAGAAACCGCAUUUCAGUAUCCGAACACUUGUACGAACUCUAGUCUACAUCGUCGACCAUGUACAGAUUUAUGGCAUCCGAAGAGCCGCUUAUGAAGGCUUUUGCAUGAGCUUCUUAACACUUCUCAGCCAAGAAUCCGAGAAAUUGGUCAUACCUCUGAUUGAGAAACACAUCUUCGGAUCUCCCAAACACGCCAAAUCAUUACUUGGCCAAACCCCUAGACCACCUAGCGAUGGCAACGAAUACGUCCAGUUUAAACAUUACUGGAUGAGAAAAGGCCCAUUCACUGCGGAGAAACAGCCUCACUACAUCAUAACACCAUUCAUUGAGAAAAAUUUGAAGAACCUUUUGCGGGCGAGUUCCACACGUCGGUUCCCUAUUCUCUUGCAAGGACCUACGUCAUCCGGGAAAACGAGUAUGGUUGAGUAUUUGGCCAAGGUCUCAGGGAACAAAUUUGUGCGUAUCAACAAUCAUGAGCAUACCGAUUUGCAAGAAUAUCUUGGAUCAUAUGUGUCAACCGAUGACGGUUCCUUAAGAUAUCAGGAGGGUGUACUUGUAGAAGCCCUAAGAAAUGGAUACUGGAUCGUUCUUGAUGAACUCAACCUGGCACCGUCAGACGUCCUGGAGGCUCUCAAUCGACUGUUGGAUGAUAACCGAGAGCUUUUCCUACCAGAGACCCAAGAAGUCAUUCAUCCACACCCAAACUUCAUGCUUUUCGCUACUCAAAACCCAGCUGGUCUUUACGGAGGCAGAAAAGUACUAUCGCGAGCGUUUCGAAACCGAUUCCUUGAACUUCACUUCGACGAUAUUCCUGAAGAUGAAUUAGAAUUCAUUCUAAAAGAGCGAACCCAAAUCGCUCCGUCUUUCUGUGCCAGGAUUGUGACAGUCUAUAAAAAGCUUUCGGUCUUGAGGCAAUCUUCUCGCCUUUUUGAACAGAAAAACAGUUUUGCCACGCUUCGAGAUUUGUUCAGAUGGGCACUCCGUCAAGCUGAUGAUCGCGAGACCCUUGCUAUCAACGGGUUUAUGCUUCUUGCUGAGAGAGUCCGAAAUUCACAGGAACGGGCUGCCGUCAAGAAAGUUAUAGAAGAAGUUAUGAAAGUCAAGAUUGACGAAGAUUCAAUUUAUAGUUCUUCCGAAUUGAUCAGACUUUCUCAAGGCCAGGAGAAACUUUCAAAAGGCGUUGUAUGGACAAAAGCUAUGAGAAGGGUUUUCGUCCUGGUGUCACAAGCACUACAGAAUAACGAACCUGUUCUUCUUGUCGGCGAAACUGGGUGUGGAAAGACUCAGAUUUGUCAAGCUAUCUCUGAUAUCCAUGCCAAAGACCUUUUGAUUGUCAAUGCGCAUGUUAAUCUCGAGACUGGAGACCUGAUCGGCGCACAAAGACCAUUGCGAAAUCGCUCUUCUUUGGAACAGCAACUGCAUGACGACUUACAAAGAGUCUUUUCAAUGAACGAAAAUUCAGUAUCAAGUCAGGAAUUAAACGGCUUGGAAGGGCUGAAAGCGCAAUUUGCUAAAUUAACGCCUCAGCAACUGGAAGCGAUAGACACCGAGCUCUUGCAGCGUAUCAAGACAAACUUUACAAGAUCUCAGGCACUUUUCGAGUGGUCAGAUGGAAGUCUAGUAACUGCCAUGAAAUCGGGACAGUAUUUCCUUUUAGAUGAAGUCUCACUUGCCGACGACUCUGUUCUUGAAAGAUUGAACAGUGUUCUCGAACCACACAGAUCCCUCUUACUUGCAGAGAAAGGGCCUAUAGACUCUUUGGUCGUGGCGCAGAAUGGGUACCAAUUUUUAUCAACCAUGAACCCAGGCGGCGACUAUGGCAAGAGAGAACUAUCUGCCGCGCUUAGAAACCGUAUGACGGAAAUCUGGGUUCCGCAGUUGUCCGAAGAAGAAGAUAUUUUGCCGAUUUUGAAGAGCAAGUUACAAUUCGUGGAGGAGGUCCAAACAAAGGCAAUGUUGGGGUUUGCAAAAUGGUUCAAGCAGGUUUUCCAAGGUGCAACGUCCUCUUCAGUGUCCAUCCGAGACCUUCUUGCGUGGGUCGAGUUUAUCAACAAAUGCUCUCCAUCCAACCCAAAUUUUGCCAUAAUUCAGGGCGCAGCCAUGGUCUAUAUUGAUACUCUCGGGGCAAACCCCUCUGCGUUGUUAUCCAUAUCACUGGAUAGUCUAGCAGAAAACCGAAAGCUGUGUCUCGAAAAGCUCUCUAGCCUCUUUGCGGUCGAUGCUGCUGAAAUAUACGGCGAAGCGGCUACUGUAUCGGUACAAAAUGGCCAUCUCUGUGUGGGCGCCUUCGAAUUACCAAUGUCUGCAGAUUCAUCACCGGACCCACAAUUUGUUAUGGAUGCACCCACAACAAUUGCCAACUCAGUGCGUAUAGCGCGCGGCUUGCAGUCAUCAAAACCGAUUUUACUCGAGGGUAGUCCUGGUGUUGGAAAGACCACGUUGAUUGAAUCGCUUGCCCGAGCUCUUGGAAAGCCGUUUACUCGAAUCAACUUGUCAGAUCAGACAGACCUCACGGAUCUUUUUGGCUCGGAUGUUCCCGUUGAAGGAGGUGACGUUGGCCAAUUUGCCUGGAGAGAUGCACCAUUUUUACGAGCAAUGCAACGCGGACAUUGGGUUCUACUUGAUGAAAUGAACCUCGCCUCUCAGUCAGUGCUCGAAGGCUUAAACUCCUGUCUUGACCACCGACAACAGGUAUACGUGGCUGAGUUGGACCAAACAUUCAAAAGACACCCGGAAUUUGUGCUCUUUGCUGCUCAAAACCCACAUCAUCAAGGAGGCGGUCGGAAAGGCCUUCCGGCAUCCUUUGUUAAUCGGUUUACUGUUGUGUAUGCGGACAGUUUCACGGAUACAGACUUGAAGCGUAUCUGUUCUAGGCUAUUUCCACAGACUUCUCCUGAAGAAAUAGAACAGAUAGUUGAUUUCAUGUCGAGAUUGAAUACCGCGAUUAUUCGUGACCGACGAAUAGGAAACAUCGGUGGACCGUGGGAGCUCAAUCUCAGAGAUAUCACAAGGUGGCUUCAACUAGCUGCUAACGAAGAUAUUCAAAUACCCAGUGGCUACUUCCUUGAGAAUAUCAUCUGCCAAAGAUUCCGUACAGAGGAGGACCGUCAGAUAAUAAGUGAAGUCUUCAAGCAGUCAUUUGGCAAUUCACUGCCGGUGAAGUCAUAUUAUCACAAUAUGGCAUUGGACCAUCUUCAAGUCGGCCUCGGUGUAAUGAAAAGGGACACUGUCAAACAAAGCAUUGUCGACUCUAGCAUCAAAGUUCUCCCUCGUGAUCUCCAGGUUCUCGAGUCUUUGAUAUUCUGUGUACAGCGUGCAUGGCCGAGCAUUCUUGUUGGCCUCUCAGGCUGCGGUAAAACAGCAACCCUUCGCAAGUUGGCCGCCAUACAAGGUGCUGAGUUGGUAGAGCUAGCUUUGAGCCCCGAUACUGAUACGAUGGAUCUGAUCGGUGGUUUUGAACAAAUCGACUACCGGAGGCAAAUUCAAGCGCUUGCCAAGGAUUUUGCUACUUUCCUACACCAUGAAGUAAUUUCUGCUCUAGCUUCUGGGUUCGGUCUUGAGCCUGCCCUACCUUUGUUGGAAAUGUUUAGUAUUUGUGGGCAAUCUGAUGUCACUCUGGACAAGUUAUUUGCUGGCAUCAAUGCGCUACAGCCACACUUCGAUUCCCCUCAAUUUGAAAACUUCGUUCGCCGGUGCAACGUUCUGAUUCAGACCUCAAAAAAUGCCAAUAAGGUUGGUUUCGAAUGGACAGAAGGAGCUCUCACAGAAGCUAUUCAGUAUGGAUACUGGGUCGUCCUUGACAAUGCAAAUCUGUGCAACGCGUCCGUUCUUGAUCGUCUCAAUUCCCUGAUGGAACCGAAUGGAUGCCUUGUUCUGAACGAGCAGCGCACUGAGGAUGGAUCAGCCAGGGUGGUCAAACCGCAUGCCAAUUUCAGGCUUUUCCUCACUAUGGAUCCUCGCAAUGGAGAGCUGUCUAGAGCAAUGCGAAACAGAUCUGUGGAGAUUUCUUUCUUACAACACUCCGACGCCAUUGAGCUGGAAAAUGUUCCUUCUUAUACGCUAGAGUCGGCUCUCUAUCGUCUGCGCAACCUGUGGGGCAACAAAAAGCAAAUUUCAUCGACUCCUAUUGAUGAUCGAUAUUUGGGUGUUCGUCUAGACCAUAUUAGAACAGCGGAAUUGGCAGCAUUUCAAGACUCUAUUCGCCAGUUCCUAUCGUUGCCUUCUGUUUAUGCAGAGUCGAAUGCUUUUGUCGAUGUCAUUGAUCAAUAUGCAGCAGUGGCACAAGAGGGUUUGCAGUCGAAGUUGUUGGGCAACUCCUCCUUCCAAUUUGGAGAACCAAGUUUUGAACUUAUCCAUCCCCUCGUCGACGAGCCUCAUCUAACUUGGCAUCCAACAUUUAUCAGUCAGAUGGUGCUUGUCGCCAAACUUCAAGAUAUCGAAAGAGACCUGCAUAGCUUACAAAAGCACUUGAUCACCGCAAAUGAAAAGUCUCAACACUUGAAGCCAUCACAAAUGACAAGGCUGGAGCGUUCUUUUGCUUCAAGCAGAAUUUCAAGUUUGAUGAAAGACUCAACCCAGCCUGUGAGCCCUUUCUUGGUUGACUGUGUUCGAUCACUUCACGAAUUCAUUCAGAACUUGACUAGUGAUGUGGAAUUGUCUACCUCCGGCGUAUCAGCACUGGUGGAUAUGACUAGGUUCUGCUGGGAUAUCUAUACUGCCACUCAGGCCAGAGAACUCGAUGAGGGAGAGUUUCAAAUUUACCUACAGACUGGUCAAAGAAUUUUAUCCUUAUUCUCUGACCAGGUUCCAGCUCUCUACACCUUAUCGACCUCCUUUGACCAGUUUUUCGCUCGAUUCAAAUCAAAGUGGACACUUACGACAGGACUAAGCAUGCGAAGAAUUUGGGACACCUGGAGACCUGUUACCUGCUCCAACCCUGAACAGUUGAGUUGGCUUCUUGACGUUGAAGCUAGUAUAAAAGAGUUCUCUACUGUGGCUCUGCAGACCAGCUUGAGUUUGUCCCAGCUAGGAAUGAUGCGGAAGUCUCUUAUCGAUGCUCAAAACUCGAUGCUUCUUCACAAUACGGACGGCAAGCCUCUUGUUCAGGGCUUGAAGCAAGAAGUGCAAAAGCUUACUUCGGCAACUGAAUUAUACUCUUCAUUCCAAGCCCCUCAUUUCUCCAAUGUCUUUGAGACUAUUUGCGAGUAUCAUGACCUGCCAACAAUCUGGAACAAGACUCAAAUUAGCAGCCAUACUCAUUUGAAUGAGAUACUCCCAUUGCUUGCUGGGCGGUCCACUCAAGGUGCAAGGAUUUCGACCGGGGAUUUGACAAUUCCUACUAUUCUCCACAAAUUGGCCCUCUACAAUGGCCGCGAAGGAACGUCCAACGCUGUUUCGCCCUGGAGCAAGAAUUUUUCAACUGAUCUGCUAAAACAUUUGAAGCAAGUUGGAAAUGUCUCCCUAGGACGCCUUGAGUUCCUGCAGCAUGAGCAACGAGCCUUGAUCGAGGCAGUGUCUUUGAGUUCCAGCGAGAUAGCGCUAGCGCAAGAAACUAUUAUCUCGAAGACCUUUGCACGAGUUCUCCUAGAGCUUCUAUGGCUUCACCAGGACCUUCUAGAAGGUAGUGCUCUUCAAAUUGUUGUCAACGUUCUCGUUGCCAUCGAGCAAACUGGAAAUUCUGAAGAGCCCGUCCCAUCGCUUGAGCCGGCGCACAAUCUACCCUCAAACCAUUACUUUCGACAAUUCAUUGGGGAAAUCUCCAACUGUAUUCAAGCGUUACACAGCGCUGGAAAAGAUUCUGGGAAUGGUUUAUACACUCUAGGAUUUUUAUCGACUCAACUCGCAGUGAUCUGCCUCCGGCUGUUUGUUCCUGACAAACCAUACGACCCCUCUCUUGGACUAGUCAUUGAAAGACGACGUCACGCCGAACAAGUUUCACAGUUGGAAAGUCAAGACCAAGCACUGAUGGUAUUUGAAACCCAAUUCUCUGGCAGACAUACAAAUUUGCGUCGUCGCUUGAUAGAGGAAGAACUGCAAAAGCUUGGCUCAGCGCCGCCAGCUUCUCCUGUCACCCGACCUUCUAAAUCCCAACUCUUGGAGUUGCAAGGAGAAUUCUCAAACUUAUUCAACUCGGUGCUGAGUAGGAACCCAGAGAAAUAUGGCCUUGCGGAGUUCCAGCAAUACGGUCGUCUAUUGACGGAUAACAUUCGCCAAAUCUGUACUCGGCUUCAUUCUAAUUUCAGGCCUUACGAUGACAUCACAGUUCUCGUUACUCGGUUCCUGCAGCUUCUUGAUUUAGGUGCAUCUCUUUGUUCAAGUGGCUCUAACCUGGUCAAAUCAGUUGACACGCCAAUCAAACGUAUCACUGAGGUGACGCCAUUACUCGGUGAAAAUGGAGCAUUGUUGAAGGAUAGUCAAAUAGAGCAUCAAGACGCCCUCAAAGCUCCUCUAGAUAUUCGUCUUCAACAAUUAUCCUCUCUUGUCCUACGCCACAACGUCGAUCGAUCAACCCUUACUUCAUCAUACCGUCUCUACGAACUUCAAGAUAUUCUCCAGUCUAUUCAUACAGUAUGGAAGACACAACUUACUGAGGAACAGAAAGAAACGGCAGAAAAGAAUCAAAUGUAUCGUUAUAAAGGUUCCUUCGAAGAUAGCGAGGAGGUCGAUGAAUCAGAGCUUCGCGAGUUGUUCCCUACUUUUGAAGACAACACCGAGGAAGAAUCUAAGAGAUCUCGACUAGAUCCGCAAGCCAUCGCCAUUGAAUUAACGCAACUUCAUGCAGCCAUAUUCCAAGGUGGCGAUACACAGACAAGGAUGAGAAAGCUUAUUAUCCACUCGACCUGUUUGCUUGGAUCUUUGGACCCGGAAAAGUCGCCAUCUUCAAAUCCAAAGUCUCACCUGCCUGGCAUUCUAUUAGCUCUAACAGAUGACAUGAAAAUAUACGGGCAGGUUUCGUCAAGACAUUACAACUUUUACACCGACGCCAACAUCAUUGAAGCAAAGCGUCUUGUCUCUCUGGUACUGUCUAUCCGGACUCGCUUUCUCCAACUACAAGCAUCCUGGCCUGAACAUGCAGCUAUCCAUGACGUCUUGACUUGUUGCCAGGAAAUCUUACUUUUCAAGCACAAAGAACCCUUGGCAAAAUACAUCACGAAGCUCGAAAAACUUCACGGCUUCGUCCAUGAAUGGCAACUGGUUGCUAGCAAAGAAUUCUCAGCCGCUUCCCUGUACGAUGAUAUCACAGCUUUGACAAUUAGCUGGAGGCGCCUGGAACUAUCAACAUGGGCGAAGCUUCUUGACAUUGAGUACGAAAAAUGCGAGCAAGCCGUUAGCUCUUGGUGGUUUGUUGCGUACGAGGUUUUGAUUGCCGUCCCAUUGCAAAUGGCCGAGGACAGGGAAGACCUUAAGGGCUAUACCAAAGAGACGCUUGCAACGCUUGAGGGAUUCUUCAAAACCACUACCAUAGGCCAAUACAGCGCUCGUCUACGACUGGUGGAAAUAUUCAGGUCUUUGUUGGUACUCUUUAUGCAGCAGUAUCCGGUUUUGAAAUGCGUCAUUGCUGGUCUGGAGAAUUUUAUGGAACAUUAUCGAGUAUUCCAGCCUGCGAUCUCGAAAUCACUCGAAGAAGGUAGGAGUACAUUGGAGAAGAAUGUCAAGGAGCAGAUACAACUUGCCAGCUGGAAGGACACAAAUAUAACAGCUCUGCGGGAAAGUGCUAGGCGAUCACAUUACAAACUCUUCAAGUAUGUUCGCAAAUACAGAGAGCUGCUCUCUAGGACUACAGACUCGCUUUUGCAACAAGGAAUGCCUGAACUUCAAGAUCAAACACAGAAUUCAACUCCAGUCAAGCAGGAAUUCGAGGUGUUUUCAGGCACUUCACUCUCUGAAGCUCUUGCCAUCUGCCAGACCCAAAAUUCAAUGUGGAUUGAACGUGCACCGCGAUUCAAGGACCCGUCGGCCACUGCUUCAAACAUGUUGCGGGUAUACAAUACUUCUCUUCCGGAGCUUGACGUCUCUACACAACUCAGCUCGUUCGUCACGGACGUGGUUGACAGCAUCAAAGCAUUCAAGGCGGAAACUCCUGGAACUCUGACGGAAGACAACAAAGAUAACGUGCAACAUCUCAAGGCUCAAAAACGCCGCUUCUAUGCCGAAACUCUUCGACAAUUACACUUUAUGGGAGUUAGAAGAAAUGUUAGCACGGUAUUCAUCGAGGAACAAUUAACUACCGUUCAAGUCCUCGCAACUACCCCAAGUCUUGGGUAUAACAAUGGCCCGAAUAGUUCGAUAGCAAAAAGUGCAGACUCGUACUUUCAAAGGCUUCUUGAUCUUCUUCCACGUGUUCGCCUUUCGUCUCGCGAGCAUAAUGAGGAUCUCAACCCUGCUGAAGUUACACGGAGUGCAGGAUCUACAGAAGGCUUUCUUGUUAUGAUCAGGAAGCAAAGAGAUUCGCUAGGCCCAGCCAUUGCGCGUCUGCCAAACCUUCAAUCGACUUGUGAUAAGAUGAGGACUCUUUGGGAUCAUGGACACCAACAGCUUCAACAAGAUGACUCGUCGCGCAACACGGCAAGGGAUGGAGUGUUCAAACGCGUGUCAUGGUUAAUUCCAUUACUUGGUAUCGGUGCUGAGAUUGUAGAAAUCCACGCAAACUGCUCAGGCUCUUCCAGCGUCGCCAAUGUCCUUCAAGGCUGGAAAGACACGCUCGGUCGGUUCAAGACUGAAAUCGAACAAAUACCAGACUUUCCACUCAACAUAUCUUCUCAAGUUACACAUGCGACUGAACAACAAGUUCUCGAUUCACUACUGCAGUUUAAUUCCGAACUACUUGAAUUGAUCAACCAACGGCCCGAUUUGACAUUUGUUCUGGAACAGAUCGUCUCCUGGCUUAAAUUCUCUUUCCCCAACACCAACACAGAAAACAGUCGCAAUAUAGCCCUUGAAGAUCUAAAUGAGCACUAUCUUUCCGUUGUGGACAAAAUUUUAGUUGGGCUUCAAGGACUUAAAAGCUCGUUGUCUUCGUUGCCUCCUAAUAUUGACGAAAAAGACUGGCUUUCACAGACCGACUCGGCCUUGUCAAAGGCUCUCAGAGAAUUGCACAUAGAGGACAUCUAUGCGUCAUUGAAUUCAGUCCUUGACCAACUUCAAUAUCUUCAACCAUCCGGUUCUAGCCUUCCUCUUGCUGCCGCAAUUAUCGCAGGACUCUUGCCAAUUGCCAAUCAAUAUGUCAAUAUAUGCGAGGACUUGGUCCAUCGCUACCUAUCGAUUCACCGGGAGGUCUGUAAGAUGGCGUAUAUUUUCUCCAAAUCCUUUACGCAGAUCGCAAAAGAAGGAUUUUGCAGUCCGCAUGAAGCAUCCACUGACCAAAGUGGAGCUGGGAAAGUCGAAAGUGGCACUGGUCUUGGCGAUGGCGAAGGUGCUGAGGAUAUCAGUAAAGACAUCCAAGAUGAUGAAGAUCUAUCUGACCUUGCACAAGAGCAAAAUGCCGAGAAACCCUCAAAAGAAGAUAUGGAGCAAUCCGAAGAUGCUGUAAACAUGGAUCAAGAGGACCUAGAAGGUGAUUAUGACGACAAUAAAGACAAGGAAGAUGCAGAUGAAAGCGGGUCAGAUGAGGAUGAACCAGAUCAUGAUGAAAUUGACGAGGAGGUUGGCAGCGUUAGCGAUCUGGAUCCAAAUGCUGUUGAUGAGAAAAUGUGGGAUGGUGAUCAUGAUGAACAACAGAAAGAGACGGAGAAUGAAGAAGGCAAAGGAGUAUCAGAGGCCGACGAUCAGGCUGCGUCAAAUGAGAAAAAGAAAAACGAAGAGCAAAAAGAAGGUGAUGAGCAAGGCAGUGAAGGGGAAGAGGAGGAGGAAGAGGAAGCGCCUGAAAACGAAGGAGAAGCAGUCGGCAAAGAGGAGUUGGAUGUCACAGACCCUCAUGCCAAAGAAGAGCAAGCUCUUGAUCUUCCGGAAGAAAUGCAGCUUGACGGUGAUGAGAAUGAAGGUGCAUCUGAUAAGGACGAUGAUGAUGGUAUGGACGAAUUUUCUGAUUUUGAGCCCGACACGACCGAGGACAAACAAGAACAGGCUGCAGAAGAAAUGAUAGAAGACGAAGCCACUCCGAAGCCGGAAGAUAUCGAUAUGGAUGAAAAUGACGGGGAGCCCGAAGAAGGGGAAGAUAAUAUGGAGGCCGAUAAGGCUGGUGAAGAAGAAACAAUCGAAGAACCUGAACAAGAAGAUGCCAUGCACUCUCAACUGGAUGAUACAACUGCAGCUGAUGAGGAUGUGGCGGAGAGCGAAGCGGUUUCUGGUGGUGUUGGCUUGGAUAACGACAACAAAGAUGAGAAAGGGACGUCAGGGAACGCACAGCAAGAGGGGGGUUCCGAGGAAGCAGGCUCAGAAGAGCUUCCCAAUGGUGCAGCAGAGGGGGAAGACAGGAAGAAAGCCGAAGACAGCUCCGGGGGUACUGGUGAUGACACGCAAGAUGACCCUCAAGCUCAAGCCUUCAAGAAACUAGGUGAUGUCCUAGAGCAAUGGCAUCGCCGUCAGAAGGAAAUAAUGAACUCUUCGGAAGACAAGGAGUCCGAAGCCCUUCCUCCGGACACGGACAUGACGGACGCCGAUUUCGAGCAUCUAGCAGACGAUGACGAUGUCGCUGAUACACAAGCGCUGGGUCAAGCUAGUGAAGAGCAAGCAAAGGCAUUGGAUGAUAAAAAGGGCGUGGAAACAGAGCCACCUACUUCUACCGACGACAUCCUUCCGGACGCCACUGAUAACAACAAGGAUAUCAAAGACGACGAGGAAAAUCUUGACGAAGCAGCAAUGGAUCUUAAUGCUGCAGAUCAAUCUACUGCGGCCGGUUCCAGUACAGCUAGAAAUACCACCUUCGUUGGAGAACCGUCCAAUGAUCAAGAUGGCGAGCCACCAAUGGCCGAAGAGCUCGACGAGGUCGAUAAUCAUCUUGCCGCCAUCCAUCUGUCUUCUGUCCUAGACCCUAAAACAUCGUCUGACGAAGCUCGUCAAAUGUGGUCCCACUACGAAGCUAUCACCAAUGAUUUAUCUCUCUCACUUACUGAACAGCUCCGCCUGAUUCUCGCUCCGACGCUUGCUACCAAACUUCGCGGUGACUUCCGUACUGGCAAACGUCUUAACAUCAAGAAGAUAAUUCCCUACAUUGCUUCUCAAUACAAGCGCGACAAAAUUUGGAUGCGUCGAUCCAUCCCUAGCAAACGGAAUUAUCAGAUUAUGCUUGCUGUUGAUGACAGCAAAUCCAUGCUUGAAAGCGGCAGUGGCCAACUUGCCUUUGAAACACUCACCCUUGUGGCUCGCAGUUUGAACAUGCUCGAAGUCGGUGACCUGUGUAUAGUUGGGUUUGGAGAUGAAGAGCACGUUCGCGUGGCGCAUGAGUUUGGCAAGCCAUUCUCUUCCGAAGCCGGAAUGCAGGUCUUCCAGCAGUUCAGCUAUCAGCAAACAGGCACAAACGUGCGCAAACUCGUUGCUGACUCCAUCGCCCUUUUCCGUGAUGCCCGAACAAAGCGAUCCGGCGGUGGGUCGGGCAACUCAGCUGAUUUGUGGCAACUAGAGCUCAUCAUUUCAGAUGGUAUCUGUGAAGAUCACGAGACUAUUCGACGUCUUGUCCGCCAGGCGCAGGAGGAGCGUAUCAUGAUCGUGUUUAUCAUUCUUGAUGCGGCCAAGGGGAGCUCCAUUCUAGACUUGACGCAGGCAAGUUUCGAGCCUGAUGAUUCUGCAACGGGCACGGGAGAAAUGAAACUCAAGAUGAAGAAGUACCUCGAGGGGUUCCCAUUUGCAUACUAUCUUGUUGUCAGGGAUGUACGUGAACUGCCAGCAGUUUUGGCAAUGGCUUUGAAGCAAUGGUUUGCCGAGGUGGUCGAUACGUCUUCAUAG